AGCAGCGGGACGGACGCACAGCGCACGCGCAGUACGCCAACGCGCCUCUCUAGCCUUCUGUCUUCGCUAGCUGUUAAGAUUCCGAAAGCCGCGCGCAAGCACUAAAGCGGCUUUUUUAAAUGCCCCUCGGCGGACGCCGUAGCACCGAGAGAUGUUUGCGGAGCUGAACGAACUGCUCGGCGACUCCAUCGGCAAGCCCGAGGAGGGCCAGCUGACCCUGCUGUGUGCCACCAAGACAGAUGCCAGCUUCCUGGUCCACCAUUUCCUCUCUUUUUAUUUGAAAGCUGGCUGUAAAGUCUGUUUUGUGGCCAUUGUGCAGUCCUUCAGUCACUACAGCAUCGUGGCCCAAAAGCUGGGAGUUGGUCUGGCUGCAGCCAAAGAACGAGGGCAGCUUGUGUUCUUGGAAGGGCUGAAAUCCUCCUGUGACCUCUUGAUGAGUGGGCAGCAACAGCCAGCGGGACCCAGUCCUUUCCAGUUCAUCAGUGGCGAUGGCUCCAACCUGAAGGCCCUGUACGAGUUCGUCCGGACAGCCCUGUGCCCUGCGGCUGGUGACAGCUCCUGGAAAUGCCCUGUGCUUAUUGUGGACAGCCUCAGUGUCUUGCUGAGCCUAGGGCUAAGGCCAGUGGAUGUGCUGGAUUUCAUCCAUUAUUGCCGAGUCACGGUGAACUCGCAGCUGAAGGGGAACAUAGUGGUGAUGGUGCACAGCAGCGAUGAUUCGGAGGACGCGGAAAACGAGCUGCUUGUGAAGUCGCUUCGUUACCAGAGCACCCGGAUCCUGUGGGCAGAAGGACUGGUGACUGGGUUCUGUAAGGACAUUCACGGGCAGUUAACAAUCAUCCAGCAGAGCCCCGUGGAGAAGAAAGCUGAGAAGGACCGUCGGCGUGUUUUCCAGUACAAGAUCCAGGACAAGAAUGUCACGUUUUUUGCCAGGGGGAUGUCAGCAGCUGUUUUGUGACAUUUGAGGAGGGACAAUCUUUCAAAAAUGCUUGAUCAGAGAUGGACAAAGGAGCCUCUGGAUGAAGCAAGCUUUUGCAGGGGUGAUGUGAUAACUGUACAGUUCUAACACAAACCAGGGCACCGAUUCCCCGCUGCAGUCCUGUAUCCAAUCACAAGCAAAUGAUUUGAUCUGAACUGUUUUGUGGGCAACCCAGGUAACAAAGAGAUUUCUACAAAUGUCUCAAAUAAAAGUAGCUUAUGAUGAAACCAACAUAGCUGACUUCCUGU